AUGUCAAACAGACAUUUCAUCAACGACCCCAACCACCUCGUCCUCACAGCCCUACAAUCCACCACCCUCCUCAACCCGGGCGUCGCCCUCGACACCACCAACAAAAUCGUCUAUCUACGUCCCGGCUAUGGCUCCUCUUCCUCCUCCCACAAUGCCUCCCAUCAAAAACAAAAAGUCUCCUUGAUCAGCGGCGGCGGCUCAGGCCACGAACCCUCGUUCUCCUCAAUGGUCGGCCGCGGUCUCCUAUCCGCUUGCGUAGCCGGCACCAUUUUUGCUAGUCCGUCUGCGGAACAGGUGAGGAGGGCGAUCAUGGGUCGUGUGGACCACAACUCCCUUUCUACCGAUCAUGGGGAUGGUGAUAAUGAGCGGGGUGUACUAGUAGUAGUAAUGAACUACACAGGCGACGUCCUCAACUUUGGUCUCGCCGUCGAAAAAGCCAAGGCCGCAGGCGUUAAUGUGGAAAUGGUAGUUGUCGGCGACGACGUUGGUGUCGGACGGACCAAAGCCGGUAAAGUCGGAAGACGAGGGAUUGCAGGCACGGUGUUAGUGCAGAAGAUUGCUGGUGCGUUGGCUAGCCAGGGGAGGUCACUAAAGGAAGUGACAAUGGUGGCGAACUUGGUUGCGGACAAUCUGGUCAGCGUAGGCGCCAGCCUGGAACAUGUGCAUGUCCCUGGCCGGCGGGCGGAGACGCACGGGGCGGAGGAUAAGACGCUGAAGGAGGGCGAGGUGGAGAUUGGCAUGGGGAUUCACAAUGAGCAGGGGUCGAGCAGAGAAAAAGGGAUCGGGUUGCGGGAGCUGGUGGGCAAGAUGUUGAAGCAGCUGUUGGACCAAAGCGACAAGGACCGGGCGUUUUUGGAGGUUAAUUCCAACGAGGUCGUUUUGCUGGUGAAUAACCUCGGAGGCGUCAGCCCGUUGGAGAUGGGCGGGAUCGUGACUGAGGUGGUCACGCAGCUGGCGGACAAACCGUACGGGAUCAAGCCCGUGAGGACUCUCAGCGGCACGUACAUGACCAGCUUGAACGGGUUGGGGUUCAGCAUCUCGUUGCUGAAUGUCGUGAACACGGAUAUUGGCGGGCCAGGCAUGAUCGAGCUGCUGGAUUACCCGUGCGAGGCGCACGGGUGGACGGCGCCCAUCUCGAAGCUGACGUGGGAGGAGCAGCGGGAUAACAAGCAGACGCGGGAGAACGACGCCAAAUCCGAGGAGGAGGUGAGAGCCUGCGGUCUGACGUUUGCGCAGCCCGAGAAGGCGCAGAAGCAGCUGGUUGCUGGACUGAAGGCUGUCAUUGCUGCCGAGCCCGAGGUCACCAAGUAUGACACCACGGUGGGCGACGGUGAUUGCGGCAUCGGUCUGAAGCGCGGUGCUGAAGCAAUCCUGUCCCAUCUCAACAAAAACCCCCUAACAGGCGACGCAGCCAUCGACCUCUCCAAGAUCGUCACCGUGGUCGAGCAAACCAUGGACGGCACUUCGGGAGCUCUCUACGGCAUCUUCCUCAACGCCCUGGUCGCCUCUCUCCAUACUGUUGGCGGCGGAGGAGGGGAGUCAGACAAAAAGGCUGUCGACGGUAAUGCCUGGGCCGCAGCGCUCAAACUGAGCUGCGAGGCCCUGUCCAAGUACACGCCCGCUCGUCCCGGUGACCGCACGCUGAUCGAUGCCCUCUACCCCUUUGUCGAUGCGCUCGAGAAGACGGGUGAUGUGAAGAAGGCGGCUGAGGCUGCGAAGCAAGGAGCCGAGGGCACCAAGGGUAUGAAAGCCAACUUGGGCCGCACCGUCUACAUUGGCGGGUCUGGGUUCGAGCAGGUGCCAGAUCCCGGCGCUUGGGGAUUGGCCAAGUUCUUCCUUGGACUGGCCGGGAUUGAGAAGUCUGAUGGUGGUGGUUCCUCCAAUGCUAAUAAGCAGGCGAAGGGAUCGGAUGAUGGAUGGGAAGAGGUCUCAAAGGAGGCUGAGCUGCCGUGA